UUCUCUGCGCUCCCACAAUGCUUUAUUGUUGUCAGAAGUGGCUUAUGAUAACAACUUUUGGGCGUUUUUUUAGCUUCAUUGAUCGCCCAAAUACAAAAACAGGGAAACGGCGGGAGCGAUAAACGACGUCAGUCAGUCAAGAACUUUGAAUGUUUACUCUUUUAUUCCAGCCUUACCGUAAUAUUUUAGUUUCCUUAUGAUGAUAUCUUAGCAGUCUAACCAUGAGUGUGAAGAAGAAGAAUAGUCGUCCUCGGGAGGCGCACCCUCAAGGGCCUCAAGGGCCACUGGACCGGAGGGAUGCGAUCUUCACCAACCUCCUCUUGCUUGGUUUUGAGAGAAGUGAGAUGGAAGGAAGGUUCAAUGUGCCAUUCACAAAGGAUAUGUUUGCUGUGCCCAACAAGAAGUGCUUUGAAGUAGUGAUGCACUUUCUCUUUGAAAAGCUGAAUCUGUCAAUGGCUCAGGAUCGCUUCCGGUAUUGCUGGCCCAUCACUGAUAAGAAGCAGGAACAGGCUUAUCGUAAAGUAGUUAAUAAUUGGCUGACAGAGAUCAAGGAAGAGGAAGAUUGUAACCUACCAAGGAUCGUGCCAUCUCUAUUUCUGUCCCCGGGAGGAGACAAGUUCUAUACAUUCCUGCUGCAUUUCAGUCGUUAUGUUGUUCACAAGGUUAUCCUGAAGGAGAUAGGUGUGAAAGAAAGGGACCUCCUCCUCUACCCUCAACUACCCUCCAAGGAUGCGGAGUUUGGUGAGCAGAUCGGCCGUGCCUUAGAGGCUUGCUGUGUGAGACAUAGGAGAUCCUUUCUCUCCCAUCUUCAGAAAGAUCUUCUCCUCCAGGAACAAUGGAGUUCCUAUUCAAGUGAGCUUGUGGGGGAGUACAGACGUGUAGGAAAGGAGAUCCGUGAGCUAGAGGCUCAAAUCAAACAGGAGGAAGCGCGUCUGAUGGCACAGGCCAAGACUAGAGGGAGCCCUUCAGCCACCAGACGUCGUAGAUCAGGAGCCCUGCUUGAUGCGGAAUGGGACACGAUGGCAGUGACAAGAACACAGAAAGUUCAAAAGGUGAGGGAGAUGUGGAAGACGGUGGCGACCUGUCAUGCCUCCCAGCGCCAGGAGCUUGAGGUGGUAGAGUCCAUCUUGGAAGGAGCAGCCAACCGAUACAGGUUGGAUGGUGCUGAACUCAGGGUCCAGGUCCCCGAGAUGCUGCUCAGAGAAUGCCAUAAAGAACUGGAGAAGCGGAACAUUGACAACACUUAUGAAAGCGGGAAGCUCAACUUGCUUUCUCUCAUCCAACUGUGGAAUCUCUCACUAAGACUCUACCUAGAGAAAAUGCAUCAAGCUCCGAUGGCAGACUAUGAAGGCCUCCAGCCUGAGAUCGUUACUCAGGUGCACACCCAUCAUGCUCAUCUCACCAACCUCCAAGCGUUAAGGUCUUCCAUGAGUCAAGAAGUGCUUCCUUCUGUCAAGUCUUCCAUUGGAUCACUAAAGAGACACCUACGUCCAGGCUAUGAAGCACCCACUAGGCAGAGGGCUCCAAACACACAUACCAGUCAUUUUUUAGGUGAUGGUCUAGGGUUGUUACCGUCGACCCCUCCUGUAUCCUUUGAGCCUGUUAGUGCAGCCCAGGCCAGUGAUGACACCCCUACUAGACCAAUGAAUAAAGCCUUCUGGAAAGCAUCACCUACAGUGAAUACACCUGAAGCUGUAUCAUCGCUAGUGAAUAACGUGAACCAAGCGGUGUAUAAACAGAGCAGCCUUACUCAAGGGACUCCAACCAGCUCACUCAGACUUCUUAGAGAGCAGAUCAAUAGGCCCUCUAAGUUGCCCAAGCCUGCCCCUGCCAAAGCAGCCCAGCAGAAACUAGACAGACGGAGAGUGCAGUCGGCACCUGCUAGAACACAAGAACAGUCACAGAGUGAAGAAGAAUCCACACUUAAGCUUGAAGAUUCAACCACCAAGUUCAUCCCCCAUCAUGAAAAGAGAGAGGUCAAGACCCAGUCUAGAAAGGUCACCAAACAAAGCAGAACACCUGCACUUCAGAAAACCAAGAAUGUCAGAACACCAUCAACCAGAAAGACAGCGCGAAAGCCUGGGUCAUCUAAAGGUGGAGACAGGUCGACUUCCACCCCUUCCCAUCAUACAAAAACACCUGUCAGCAGUCGACCCCAGGAUGACCAUACCAGCACAUCUGUGACUAGAGCCCAUCAAAACCUUAUUGAUCAGAUUGCUGAUUCAGUGGUUGGUGCUAUGAGCGGAUCUCCAGAGUUCAAAGGAUUGAUGGAAUCUCCAUUAUCUUUGUCACCUGGUCAUUCUGAAUCUCCUCUACCUUUAGGCAUUGAAGAUCCUCUUUCUGUCCUUGAUCAAAGCGCCUUUGUGACCAAAGACAAGCUGAAACACUCUCCAGUCACUACACCAGUUAAUAAUCAUUCCAGCUCCACACGAGCACAGCAUCCAGCCAGUCCCCUUGUGCUGCCUUCCACAGCUGGCAGUACCAGGAGCCCUGAGAGUGAUGAUGUGGCAAGUCUGGAUACCAUGUCAUCGCAGCAAUUGUCUUCUGUCAAACAACGGACCAGUAACGGUUCUCAGAAGUCGGUCACUUUCUCUGAUCAUGUUGAUGAGCGUAACAUCAGUACGCAUAGUUUUGGGAGUGACCUGAAUGACUCUUCAAUGAACGGAGAUGUGUUCGCUUCCAAUCCGACUCUUCAGUCUGGGCAAGAAUUGACCCACCUUACCCGCAAUGGACAAACACCAGAUAGAACAUUCCAAGGAAAUGGUGGUGGUGCGAUAGCUGAGGAUUACCUCAGUCCUUCCCCCGAACACCAUAGAGUGAAUGGUGGAAUGGAACUUAAAAGCCCCCUUGACAAGCUCUUUUCUCUGGACGACACCUCAGAGAAUGGACCAGAUGAUUUUCUCCUAGACGCAUCAGAUCGGUUGGAAGAUCUUCUGGUGCAUGUGUCACCGUUAGUGACGCCUUCAGCAACCCCCAAGCUGAAUGGGAGUAGAAGUCGCUUGAGAUAUCAACAUGACUUGGAUGAUUCAGCACUGAAUGGAGAUUCAUUUGCCUCAAAUGGUAUUUUCUUGAGCCCGGCACUUCAGUGUGAGCCAGAAGUGAGCCAUCCAAUAUUAAAUGAACAAAUACCUACUGAAUUUUCCCUGACACCGAGUAGCACUACGUCAAGUAAUACUCCUCCGAGUCCCUCACCAGAUCACAGUAAAUCAAAUGGUAGAUUCACCCCCAAUGACAAGCCCUUUGCGCUGGACAAUACCUUUGAGAAUGGACAAGAGGCAUUCUUCUUGGACACUUCAAAUAGAUUGGAAGAUCUUCUGGUCCAUAUAUCACCUUUAGUAUCACCAUCAGCAACCCCUAAACUGACCAAGAACAGAAGUAGAUUGAGUCGUCAGGCGGACACAUCAUUUGGCUCAGCACCCAAUUCAACAGCCAAGGGUACGUUACAUCGGACCCCUCACUUAAAUGACAGUUCACGGUUCUCGCUCCCAGCCAAUAUCUCUGGUCUCUCUUUCGGUGAUGAGAGCCCAUUUUCUGCAAAUGAUGCAUCUUUCCUGAGGGAUAUGUCCAGUUUAAGACUGAAAACCCCUGGUUCAAAGACACCUUUGAGCAGCUACAAGGCUUCGCCUUCAUCUCGGAGUCCAUUGCUUCAGACCACUCCUAAAACCACCAUUGACUUUGGCAUCUUAGAUGAGGACGACUCUAUUCUCCUACCCCCAUCUCCAUACGCUCCGUCACCAUCGGCAACGUCACCUUCUGGAUCCGUCGGUCAGCUUAUCAACAUCUAGCUCUCAAUCCAUACCGAGAACCACACCCAUUUUUGCCUCUUUCUGUUCUUCUCCUGAUGCAUAGGUAUUAAAAGUAAAACCUUUUAUCUAUAACAAAUGCUAAAUUUCUAUGACAAAUUGCUCUUAGCCAAUCACAUGCCAUGAUUUCAGUAGCUUAUAACAGUAGCUUGUAACUUGUUAUUGGUAUCAAGUUUUAUGAAACGGUGCCCAGGGCCCUGUUUCAUGAAUUUGUCAUCAAAAACCUGUUACGAAAAUUGACACAGUCAAACCUGUCAGUCUAUUAACCCAUUGUCCACUGGUACUGGAUGUCUCCUGCCCUAAGCCCAUGGGAAUGAGAUGAUUUGGUAGUCAUCUGGUUAAGGCCACCCACAAGAGCAAGGAAAGGUGGCCACUGUAGACAGGUGGCCUUUUGUGGCGGGUUCUGCCAUGUGUAUUUCUUCUGAAUGGGAGGCAAUACACCUGAUGGCUAAAGGCAGGUGGCCACAUUUGAUUGGCUAUGUAUGGAGUCAUAAUUGUAUAGCAUCUUUCAGUGAUAACGAGCUUUGGGACACAGGGCCCAGGUUCGUCAUGAUUGUGACUCAUUUACACACAUCACAGGUAUGCUCCGGUUAUAUUUCCUUCAUACAAUGCAAAUUUGAGUAAAAAAAGAAGUAGUAACACUAUUAUUGAAGUUUAAAUCAUUUCAAAUACAGCAUGAGAUAUGACGAAUGUUUGUAUACAAUGAUGGUGAAUAUUAUUCCAUCCCCUAUGCCAAAGAGUGAUGGGCUUGGAUAAUCAAAGUCAAUACACAAAAUGCGCCGGCAUAUUAGAUAAUCUAUUAGCAAAAUAAGCGUAACUGUUGCAAGUUCUGAGAAAGUUGCAUUGAAGAAUAUAAAUUAAAAAUAAAGGAUGUAAAAUGAAGUUGCUGCUUUUUAAAGGAAAAGAUGAAAGCUUAAAUUUACAUAUAGUUUUCAAAAUUUGAAUAAGUCUUUUUAUGGAAUUGUGAUGAAAUGAACAUGCAAUGCAAUAGAAUAAACAAAUAUGCAAUUUGUAUAAAAGUGCCUUUGCUUGUAAAAAGCAGCCAUACUUCACAAUACAUUGUAAGACAUUUUUUGAGUGCAUGCAUUGAAUUUGUAUCUUAGAAUUAGGUGGAUUCAAAUUAAGAUUAUAUAGAUCCGUGAUGGAAUUAUAAAUGAUUGAUAAAAACAAUUCCGCGAGGCUUUGUCCAGAGAUGACUUAAAAUUAUUUUUCUUGAUUCUUAGACACAAAAUAACAAUGAUAUUCCGCUUUUAUAUAGCGCUUAAUACAAAUGUCUCUAAGCGCUUUACAGAUGUACUACUACCCUGGUCAUUGGAUUCAAUACUUGCCUGCACACUUUAGAAUCCCAAGAACCUUGGAAUUUUACCCUUUUCCCUUUCUUUGUGCCUUAUAAGUGGCACUGCGGGUUAACUGUGCGUGUCACAUUGUGUCCCUCCUUGAAUAUGAUAUGGCGCUGAUAAGUGCGACUGUCAGAUUUAGAAAACAAGAAAAAUAGAAAGGAAUGAAAAUCUUGGAUUUGAUUUGGGGGAUCUUUUUUUCUUCUCCUUUAUGUUGUUUUCAGAGUGUAAUUCACAAGCUCACAUGAACAUAUUGAAUGUGCUUAAUAUAAUUAUGGAAACAUGCAUGUUUUGUAAUAGAACCUGUCUUCAGCUGAGAAUAAUAGUUGCUUAGUAGUUAAUAAAGAAUCCUCAUUAAUUACAAGGUUGAUAGUAACACGUAGAAAUGUAAACAAGAUGUAAACAACUUAGAAAACUGAAAGGAUUCAUGCACCAAUAUUAAACAAUAUGAACAUGUGGGACACUAGAUAAACGAAUGCAACACCAUUUUAUAGAAAAUCUCUAACACCAAGCAAAUUUGAUGUUUAUACUGCUAUUUUCUAAGGUGAUGGUGCAUUUUUUAUGAAAUAGUUUAGUUUGAAGCAAUCGAUUGUAGGUCUGAGUAAUCAAAAUUCUUGGUUCCAAGCAUUUCAUGCAAACUAAAUACAAUUUUUUCUCUUUGAUAGAGUUUCAAAUUCUAUUUAUCGUCCUAAUUCCAGUUUAAAACAUUUUCAUAAUUAGGAACCCUGAUACAUGUAGUGCUACUAAUACAUGUGCAUGUAUUUUGUUCCAAUUCUGAAAGUUGCUUCCCCCCCCCCCCCAACAUCCCCAAAACCUAUAGUCAAGAUGAAGUUUACAUGUACCGUAAAGGAGGAAAGCUUCUUAUGACCACCGGUAGAACCAGUGAAAUCAAAACAAGCGAUUUGAACAUGUCAUACUAGUCUUCUAAAGUCAAAAUUUAUUGCAUUGAUAUUCAUCUCAACAUUCUAAAAUCGAACAAGAAAACAUACAUUUCUCAAACAAUGUAACAUAUAUUAUGGAGGGUAUUAUCAAGUACUAGUAUUUCAAAUUGCAUGUUGUGAAGUUGCAGUAUACCAGUUGAUUCGAUGCAAAUUCUCUUCCAUACACAUUUUCGUUAACAAACAUUGCAUUAUUUUUUAACAUUGUAUUUUUUAACAUUGAAUAGACAAUUUUAGACAUAUUGUUAUAUAUGGUUUAUCAAAUUCACUUUUGUCUGGUAAAUAAAAAGUAUAUGAUGUAGCAUUCAAGUAUGUAUAUUUGAUAUGCUUUUAUUCUGAAAUUAAUGUGAUGUAAAAUAUAUUUAGUUGAUUUGCA